UCACCCUAGUUCAUCAGCCUCUUCAGCUCACACUGUCAAACUUUGCGAGGUCUGCAGUGUUCAGUAUGGCCGCCAAGGCACUCUCCUCCGCGGUCUUCCUCUCCUUGGUGAUCCUGGUCGCCGGGGGAAGAUCGCCGGCCGACGUCGUCCAGGUCGCGACAUCCGCGGGGAGCUACGGCGGCGGCGACAACGCGUGCGUGUACACGAUCUACGUGCGGACCGGGUGGAUCUGGAAGGCCAGGACGGACUCAGUGAUCGGGCUGGGGCUCCGCGCCGCCGACGGCCCCGGCUUCACCAUUCCGGACCUGGCCCGCUGGGGCGGGCUCAUGGGCGCCGGCCACGACUACUACGAGCGCGGCAGCGUGGACAUCUUCAGCGGGCGGGGGCCCUGCCUGUCGUCCCCGCCGUGCGCGAUGAACCUGACCUCCGACGGCUCCGGCCCGCACCACGGCUGGUACUGCAAGUCCGUCGAGGUCACCGCCGCCGGGCUGCACCAGGCCUGCGCCAGGGCCGCGUUCGGCGUGGAGCAGUGGCUCGCCACGGACGCGCCGCCGUACCGGCUCUACGCCGAGCGGGGCGCCUGCGCCAAAAAGAGUGGCGCGGCUGAGGAGUGAUGCCGUGCGUGUGUGUGCGUGCGUGGUGUCUCGGGGCCGGACGCAGAUGCAGUGAGGGGGACUUGUAGUUUCCGCGUCGUGCUUGUUUCUUCUUUGUUGUGUUGGUGCUCUCGCUCGCGGCGUUCUUGUAGUUUUGCCGAGGUAGUGUGCUGGCUGAAUGGCUCAAUCGGCAUGUCUGCUGUC